GCCGCGUUCAACUUUCGUUUGCUCAGUCCCUUUCAACUUUUGAACAACUGUUUCCAUGUACGGUUGAGUAACAACAUUACGAUAUCCCCCUACUUCCUCCAAAGCCGUACGUUACCUCUUUUUAACAAAAUGGCACGAGAAUCAUUUUCCUCACCAUACACUCGAAAAGGUCAUCAUUCGAUGGCUGGAAAGACCGUCAUGUCAAGCGCCCUUGGCGGAGGCAAGGGUAAGACUGGGCCAGGUGGUAGGGGAAUUGGAGGUGCUUCUCGUUCGAGAAGACACCGAAAGGUCUUGAAAGAUAACAUCAAUGGUAUUACCAAAGGUGAUAUUCGACGUCUAGCACGCAGAGGCGGUGUCAAACGUAUCUCAUCGAUGAUCUAUGGCGAUGUCCGUGAGGCGAUUAAGUCACGUUUGAAUGAUGUUCUGAAGGAUUGCGUCGCAUUAGUUGAACACUCAAAGAGGAAGACGGUCACUGUCAACGAUGUCAUUUGGGCAUUGCGUCGUCAAGGAAGACCUAUUUAUGGUUUUGACAACAUCGACAAGUGAACGGUUGCACGCCGUUGAUGUGCAUUUCGAUUAUUUUGCGAGGAUACCCGUUGCGUGCGUAUUUGUAAGACCAUUUAUGGAUAUGGGAAUGUUGGCGCGCAACACUUUUCGUUGUUAAGCCACGAUUUUUUUUAGAUAAAAAAAGACAAGACAUUGAGGGAUAUGUCGAGCGGAAGAAGUAUGUUUGUAACAAAACUCUGAUGAUAAUAUGGUAUUGGAAGGAGGAGAAUCGAAUCGAGGCCAUCA